GGCUGGGCCAGGAAGCUUGGGCGCGCGCAGCCAGCCCGGGCCUCGCCGGGGACCGAGGGAAGCAGGCAGCGUCUGCCCCCGCUCACCAUGGACGAGGGACGCGUCUCCAAGUUCCUGAAGAAACUCGGCUUCUCGGGCGGGGGCCGGGAGUACCAGGCGCUGGAGAAGGACGAGGAGGAAGCCUUGAUUGAUGAACAGAAUGAGCUGAAGGCCAUCGAAAAAGAGAAGAAGGUGACAGCCCUGCCCCCCAAGGAAGCGUGCAAAUGCCAUAUAGAGGAUUUGGCCAACGUGUUUUGUGUGGACUUACACACUGGGCUGUCGGAGUUCUCAGUGACGCAGCGCCGGCUGGUCCAUGGCUGGAAUGAGUUUGUUGCUGACACUACAGAACCUGUGUGGAAGAAAUACCUGGAUCAGUUUAAGAACCCCCUGAUCCUGCUGCUGCUGGGCUCUGCCCUGGUGAGUGUCGUUACCAGGGAGUACGAGGAUGCCGUCAGCAUCACCACGGCAGUGCUCAUUGUGGUCACUGUGGCCUUCAUCCAGGAGUACAGGUCGGAGAAAUCUCUGGAAGAGCUGACCAAGCUGGUUCCUCCAGAAUGUAACUGCCUAAGAGAAGGGAAGCUCCAGCAUCUGCUUGCUCGAGAACUGGUUCCUGGAGAUGUGGUAUCUCUCUCCAUCGGAGACCGGAUCCCUGCGGACAUCCGACUCACUGAGGUCACGGACCUGUUGGUGGAUGAAUCCAGUUUCACCGGGGAAGCCGAGCCAUGCAGUAAAACAGACAGCCCCUUGGCAGGCGGCGGGGACCUCACCACCCUGAGCAACAUUGUCUUCAUGGGGACCUUGGUGCAGUAUGGGAGGGGCCGGGGGGUCGUGAUUGGAACAGGGGAAAGCUCUCAAUUUGGAGAAGUGUUUAAGAUGAUGCAGGCUGAAGAGACACCUAAAACUCCUUUGCAGAAAAGCAUGGACAGGCUAGGAAAGCAACUGACACUCUUCUCCUUUGGCAUAAUCGGUCUCAUCAUGCUCAUUGGCUGGUUGCAAGGGAAACAGCUCCUCAGUAUGUUCACGAUUGGGGUCAGCCUGGCUGUGGCGGCCAUCCCAGAGGGUCUGCCCAUCGUCGUCAUGGUGACGCUGGUCCUCGGAGUGCUGCGGAUGGCCAAGAAGCGCGUCAUCGUGAAGAAGUUACCCAUCGUGGAGACUUUAGGUUGCUGCAGCGUUCUCUGUUCUGAUAAGACGGGAACUCUGACUGCCAAUGAAAUGACGGUGACCCAGCUUGUAACAUCGGAUGGGCUUCAUGCCGAGGUCAGUGGAGUUGGGUAUGAUGGCCAAGGGACUGUGUGUCUUCUACCAUCCAAGGAAGUAAUUAAGGAAUUUUCCAACGUCUCCGUGGGAAAAUUAGUGGAGGCGGGCUGUGUCGCCAACAACGCAGUCAUCAGAAAGAACGCUGUGAUGGGCCAGCCCACCGAGGGCGCCCUGAUGGCCCUGGCGAUGAAGAUGGAUUUAAGUGAUAUUAAAAAUUCAUAUGUAAGAAAAAAAGAGAUUCCAUUCAGUUCAGAGCAGAAGUGGAUGGCGGUGCAAUGCAGUCCGAAGACUGAGGAUCAGGAAGACAUUUACUUCAUGAAGGGGGCCUUGGAAGAGGUGAUUCGCUACUGCACAAUGUACAACAAUGGAGGCAUCCCCCUGCCGCUGACGCCCCAGCAGAGGUCAUUCUACCUGCAGGAAGAGAAGAGGAUGGGGUCGCUUGGUCUGCGAGUGCUGGCCCUGGCUUCUGGGCCCGAGCUGGGGCGGCUGACAUUUCUGGGUCUCGUGGGCAUCAUCGAUCCCCCGAGGGCUGGCGUGAAGGAAGCGGUUCAGGUUCUCUCCGAAUCAGGCGUGUCCGUGAAGAUGAUAACAGGAGAUGCUCUGGAGACGGCCUUGGCCAUAGGGAGAAACAUUGGCCUGGGAGACGGGAAGCUGCAAGCCAUGUCCGGGGAGGAGGUGGACGGCGUGGAGAAGGGCGAGCUGGCCGACCUCGUGGGGAAGGUGUCCGUGUUCUUCAGGACCAGCCCAAGGCACAAGCUGAAAAUCAUCAAGGCUCUGCAGGAGUUGGGGGCGAUUGUGGCCAUGACUGGGGAUGGCGUGAAUGAUGCAGUGGCCCUGAAGUCUGCAGACAUCGGGAUCGCCAUGGGGCAGACAGGGACGGACGUCAGCAAAGAGGCCGCCAACAUGAUCCUGGUGGAUGAUGACUUCUCAGCCAUCAUGAAUGCAGUGGAGGAAGGGAAGGGGAUUUUUUACAACAUCAAAAACUUUGUCCGAUUCCAGCUGAGCACGAGCAUCUCUGCCCUGAGUCUCAUCACUCUGUCCACCGUGUUCAACCUGCCCAGCCCUCUCAACGCCAUGCAGAUCCUGUGGAUCAACAUCAUCAUGGAUGGGCCCCCGGCACAGAGGAGUUCCCAGAAAACUGGAGUGGCUGGCACUGGAGUGAGCCUGAGGGUAGAAGGCAGAGGAGAAAGUACCUGGGCUGGCAGGAGCAGCCUGGGCGUAGAGCCCGUUGACAAAGACGCCCUCAGGCAGCCACCACGGAGCGUGGGGGACACCAUCCUCAGCAGAGCCCUCAUCCUGAAGAUCCUCAUGUCUGCGGCCAUCAUCAUCAGUGGGACCCUCUUUAUCUUCUGGAAGGAGAUGCCUGAAGACAGAGCGAGCACUCCCCGCACCACCACGAUGACAUUCACUUGUUUUGUGUUUUUCGAUCUCUUCAACGCAUUGACCUGCCGCUCUCAGACCAAGCUAAUAUUUGAGAUCGGCUUUCUCAGGAACCGCAUGUUCCUCUACUCCGUCCUUGGGUCCAUCCUGGGGCAGCUGGUGGUCAUUUACAUCCCCCCGCUGCAGAGGGUCUUCCAGACAGAGAACCUGGGAGCGCUUGAUCUGCUGUUUUUAACUGGAUUGGCCUCAUCCGUCUUCAUUUUGUCAGAGCUCCUCAAACUAGGAGAAAAAUACUGCUGCAGCACCGAGCGAGUCCAGACGCGCCACGAAGCUGUGUAGUGGACCUCCCUCCGUGGCAGCCUCUCUCAUCAUCUCGAUUUGUAUGUGACUGCGGCCCCUGCCGUGUCUACGAUUCAGGGGAGACUUUUAGGACCUGCAGCCUUCGGUCACUAGCUCGAUUUUUCCAACUGGGAAAGCUGCAGGAAUCUCGUGGUCUCGAGAGACCCAGGCCCACAACCAUCCAGCACUCCCGCUGGCUCUGGGACAGACAGGAGGGCCCUGUACAGAAACGUCACACUAUUUAUUAAAUCACAAUGAUUUUUAUUAACCGCGUCUAUCUACGUUAUCUGUGCCACAGCUUGCAGUGAGGCAGGCCACUCGUGACAGAUACACAAGGCUCCUGCCAGGCGGGGCAUAGGAUGGCCACACUCUGACCAUUGUCCUCCUGGAGGCCCCAUUUCCUCAUCAUAAAACAAGGGCUUUUUUAAUAAAGUGCUAAUUAUUCUUUUGAUGCA